AUGAAAGACUUAUUCCUCGUGAAGCAGUACGUAUGUUAUGGGUACAUACAAAAAUACACUCUGUACAGUUUGAUGGAGAAGAAAUUAUUUUUAAAAGAUGGAAACGAGAUAAAACGAUGUGACUCCAAUAAAAUUGUAGAGAAGCUGUUUAGCAAAGAUGGGAUUUAUUCCUUUCCUUCAUUUUGUGAAUAUAUUUUUGAAUGCAAAAGUAAUGCUGACAAAAUGAUCAAGGAACAGAUCGUUCCUUUUAAUUUCUCCUACUUAAAUAGCGAAAUGACGUUCGAUUUUCUGCAAUUUAAAAAUGAACUUGCUGGAUUUGUCAAGGAAGGAAUUAACGAAAUUCUGGAAAAAAUAAUUUGA